AUGAAGUAUAUAUCAGCGCUAUUUGCCGCUUUGACCAUUAUCGGUCUGGGACAAGCUCAUCAGUUCCCGGACUUCGGCAAAGGUCCUGUUCAUGAGGAUUUCCAAGACUUUUUGGACUUAAUUCCUUAUAAAAAAAUUCGAACCAUCGUUUUGGAUUACGUAUUAGGAGAUUCGGAAGUACAAGAAGCUGUUAAUUAUCUUAAAACUUCAACCAUAUUAAAAGAUUUGAUGAUAGAUUUGGAAACUAUUCCUGAAGUGAUUAAUAUUCUAGAUUAUAUGCAAAAGGAAGGCGUCGAUGCUUAUUCAUUAGUAAAUAAAGCUAACGAUGCCCUCGGUAUCGACAGGAUCACACCGCCUUCUCGUUUAUAUUCCUUGGUCAUACAGAGGACUGGUGGAAUUGCAGGACUUGUCAAAGAUAUUAUGGAUAUGAUUCCUAUUGCCAAGAUCAUUCGUAUUUACGUGCAAAAGAUGAAAACUUCUUCAGCUUUCGUCGGUUUUGUCAACCAACUCAAGUCAGACAAUGCCCAGCAGGCCGUAAACAAAAUCUAUCAAAUUAAAUCCUUGCAGAUCAUUUUGAAUAGACUCAAAAGCAGCGGAGUGAAUACGCAGAUUACAGCUGAUGUCAUAUAUAUUGUCCUCAACCUUAAUGUACCGAACGAUAUUACUGUUUACCAAGAGCCUACGCUGGAAGACGAAUUGAUAGAUUUUAUGAAUCUUCUUCCGAUUGAUUAG